CGGCGCUCCGCCGCUCGGGCCUGGGCCCGCGGCUCGACGGCUCGGCGCUCGUCCUGCUGGCCUGGGGGCCCGGCCUCCUCGCCCUUCUCCGUCCGCCUGAGGCGACGCCGUGGCCCCCACACCCCCGCCGCCAUCAUGUCGACCGCCAUGACGUUCGGCACCAAGAACUUCCAGCCGCGGCCCCCGGACAAGGGCGCCUUUCCGCUCGACCACUUCGGUGAAUGUAAGAUUUUCAAAGAGAAAUUCAUGAACUGCCUUCGUGCUAAUCAUUUUGAAAGUACUUUGUGCAGAAAUGAGUCAAAGGAAUACCUAGAAUGCAGAAUGGAGAAGCAGCUAAUGGCUCAUGAAUCACUGGAAAAGCUGGGAUUUAGAGAUCUAAUAGAUGAAAAAGCAGAAGCAAAAAAUAAUUCAUAACUAAAAGAAGACAAUUUCAUCAUGCCAUGUCUCACAAGAAUACUCUGUAGUAGUGCAUUCUGUGCAUGGUUCGGCCUCUCUGAUUCUUUAAUGUGAUUCUUUGUUUCUAAAAUCGCCUGUAAGAGUUUCAGGGGGGAAAGUGAACUAAUACAGAGUGGUUCUAAAUUAUCUUCAGGGAUGAACGUUUUUGUUUUGUUUUAAGAAACAUGGGAAUUUAUUUUAAUCACUUUUUUAAAAAAUUGGCCAGAAUUAAGACCACAUAAAUUGCACAUUGUUAAUUCCAUUUUAUAGAUGUAGAGCCUAUUUAAGAUAUAUUUAGGGAAAGGGAAAUAAAUGACCUUUCAAGGUACCAAGUAGUAAACUAUCUGGGAGCACGAACUUUCCACCUUGUGAUCAAAAACAGCUUUUAUUGUCUCUCAUUUUAUAUCCAAACCAUAUUUUAUUUGUCUUAGGUUAUUUCAGCUUUAGGCCUGUUUUGGUAUGCUUGAUGCCAAAGGAAUGUCAUUGUUUAUAAAUAGAUGCCUUUGACCUCCUA